AUGGUCUCUACUCAUAAUAAGGAUAAACCUUGGGAUACUGAAGAUAUAGAUAAAUGGAAGGUUGAAGAGUUUAAACCAGAGGAUAAUGCUUCAGGUUUACCAUUUGCGGAAGAGUCCAGUUUUAUGACUUUAUUCCCAAAAUAUAGAGAAAUAUAUUUGAAGUCUGUAUGGAAUGACGUGACGAAAGCUUUAGAUAAACGUCAUAUUGCCUGUACCUUGGAUUUAGUUGAAGGUUCUAUGACUGUCAAGACUACUAGAAAGACUUUUGAUCCAUAUGCAAUUUUAAAAGCCAGAGAUUUGAUCAAGUUAUUAGCAAGAUCAGUCCCAUUCCCCCAAGCUAUAAAAAUAUUAGAAGAUGAUAUGGCUUGUGAUGUUAUUAAGAUUGGUAAUUUUGUUACUAAUAAAGAAAGAUUCGUUAAAAGAAGACAACGUCUGGUUGGUCCAAACGGUAACACUUUGAAAGCUUUAGAAUUAUUGACUAAAUGUUAUAUUUUAGUUCAAGGUAACACUGUUAGUUGCAUGGGUCCAUUUAAGGGUUUAAAAGAAAUUAGAAGAGUCGUUGAAGAUUGUAUGAAAAAUGUGCAUCCGAUUUAUCAUAUUAAAGAAUUAAUGAUCAAAAGAGAGUUGGCUAAAAGACCAGAAUUGGCUGAUGAAGAUUGGUCAAGAUUUCUACCAAUGUUCAAAAAGAGAAACGUUGCCCGUAAGAAGGCUGCUAAACCUAAGAAAGAAAAGAAGGUCUACACUCCAUUCCCACCUGCUCAACAACCUAGAAAGGUUGAUUUGGAAAUUGAAAGUGGUGAAUACUUCCUAAGUAAGAAGGAAAAGGAAGUUAAACGUCUACAGGAACGUAGAGAAGAACAAUCUCAGAAACAAAUAGAGAAGGAGAAAGAAAGAAGUAAAGACUAUGUGGCUCCAAUGGAAGAAGAAUAUAAAAGUACAAUAACCAAAUCUUCCAAAAAACGCAGCAUCUCUACUUCUGAUGAUUCUUCAAAAUCAAAAAAGAGUAAGAAAGAAUAA